AUGGCGGCUGCUGGGGCCGGUGUGGGCCGGCUCGAAGAAGAGGCGCUGCGGCGAAAAGAACGACUAAAGGCUCUACGGGAGAAAACUGGGCGCAAGGACAAAGAAGAUGGGGAACCAAAGACCAAGCAGCAGAGAGAAGAGGAGGAGGAAGUGGAGAAGCACAGGGAACUCAGGCUGCGGAACUAUGUCCCGGAGGAUGAGGACCUGAAGAGGAGGAGGGUGCCCCAGGCCAAGCCAGUUGCAGUGGAAGAGAAGGUGAAGGAGCAGCUGGAGGCCGCCAAGCCAGAGCCGGUCAUUGAGGAAGUGGACCUGGCCAACCUCGCUCCCAGGAAGCCUGAUUGGGACCUCAAGAGAGAUGUGGCCAAGAAGUUGGAGAAGCUGGAAAAGCGGACGCAGAGGGCCAUCGCUGAGCUGAUCCGUGAGAGACUGAAAGGCCAGGAGGACAGCCUGGCCUCUGCAGUGAACGCCACGGCUGAACAGGAAGCCUGUGACUCUGACUGA